GCCUGCCACACGCACGCCCUCACCUGACUCGCAAAUUGAUUUAGGUUUUCUUCUCUUCUCUCUCGACACUCUACCCUCUACCCUCUACCCUCUACAUUCUACACUCUGCACUCACUGAUUUGCAACAAUGGCGCUACUCAAUCAUCACUUAACUCUGUCAACCCCACUUUCUUCAUCUUCAUCUUCCUUAUUCUCUUCUUCCUCCUCCAAUCUUAAUUCUUCCAGAACUCAGCUAGUUUAUGUUCGAGUUAAAAAUGUAGGGGUUUGCAAAUGUGUUGCAACUUCAUCUGCUGAACAAACUGCUUACACUACUAAGGUUUCUCGGAAUUCCAAUAUGGCUAAGCUUCAAGCUGGUUAUCUCUUCCCUGAGAUUGCCAAAAGAAGAGCAGCACACUUGGUAAAAUAUCCAGAUGCUCAAGUGAUAAGCCUUGGAAUUGGUGACACUACUGAGCCUAUUCCUGAUGUUAUAACAUCUGCUAUGGCUAAGAGAGCACAUGAUCUGUCGACGCUAGAAGGUUAUAGUGGUUAUGGGGCUGAACAAGGCGAAAAGAAAGUAAGAGCUGCAAUUGCUUCAUCGUUUUAUGGAAACCUCGGCAUUGAAGAAGGCGAUAUAUUUGUCUCAGACGGAGCUAAGUGUGACAUAUCACGGCUUCAGAUGCUUUUUGGAUCUGAUGUUUCAAUAGCUGUUCAAGACCCAUCUUAUCCGGCUUAUGUAGACUCUAGUGUUAUAAUGGGACAGACAGGACAAUAUCAGGAGGAUUCGAAGAAGUAUGGUAAGAUUGAGUACAUGAAGUGUAUUCCUGAGAAUGGCUUCUUUCCAGAUUUGUCUGCUGUUGGCAAGACGGAGCUUAUUUUCUUUUGUUCACCAAACAAUCCUACUGGUGCUGCUGCAACAAGAGAGCAACUAACCAAACUGGUGCAAUUUGCUAAGGACAAUGGGUCAAUCAUUAUCUAUGAUUCUGCAUAUGCUAUGUAUAUCUCAGAUGACAGCCCACGCUCAAUAUUUGAAAUUCCUGGAGCCAAGGAGGUUGCUAUUGAGACCGCCUCUUUUUCUAAGUAUGCUGGGUUCACCGGUGUUCGUCUUGGCUGGACUGUCGUGCCGAAAGAGCUUUUAUUUUCAGAUGGUUUUCCUGUUGCGAAGGAUUUUAACCGCAUUGUAUGUACUUGUUUCAAUGGCGCUUCCAACAUAUCCCAAGCAGGUGCGCUAGCUUGCCUUUCUCCAGAAGGCUUCCAGGCAAUGAAGCAGGUAAUUGGUUUCUACAAAGAGAAUACUAACAUAAUAGUUGAUACAUUCAAAUCCCUGGGCUUUAAUGUGUAUGGGGGAACAAACGCGCCAUAUGUGUGGGUGCACUUUCCUGGCCGAAGUUCAUGGGAUGUUUUCAGUGAGAUUCUCGAAAAGACUCAUUUGGUCACCACACCUGGUAGUGGGUUUGGACCUGGAGGUGAAGGUUUCGUCCGGGUUAGUGCUUUUGGUCACAGGGAGAAUAUUCUGGAAGCCUGCAGCAGAUUCAAGCAGUUGUACAAGUGAUUUAUUCUUGAACAAUUUUCUUACCCUUAGGGCUCUCAACUUGAAUAAUCAUGGCCAUCUUGCCUGGUUUCUGUAAGAAUUUGAAUAAUGAUGUGCAUUUUUUCUUUCUUCUUUA